GAGGGCAGGGCUAGACCCACUUUCAGAAGUUGCUCGCGCUCCCCGUACUGUAUUUCUCCCUUGUCUUCCUGGAGGGCUUUGGUUCUCCGUCAGUAGCACGGGAGGUUUAAGCCUACUCAAUAUUGUAAGCUCUUUGGGGAACGGCUUGUCUUCCAGCUCUUUUUACGGCAUCUAACACGAUGAAUUGCAUGACUGUUUUUUUUCCAUGCAUGCUGCCAUUAUGAAUAAAAUAAUAAAGCCAUCACAACAGAAAAUAUUACAAAAGAAGAAACUAACUCCCUCUUCUCCUGGUUCUGCUGGAGGCUAAUGUCACUUGUGCCAGGCAGUAAAAGGGAUCCUGGGGCUUUAAGAGCAGAGUUGCCAGUGCAAACGCUCCUGGGAACUUCGGAGCAAUCCGACACAGAAAGCCUGACGCUCACUCACGGGCUUAGAGGCAAAAUGAACAUUCAAGAAUAUUUCUCAAGGAUUUCUUAUGAUGGGUCCCGUAAGGAUGCAAACUUGGAAACCUUAACAGUCAUCUUCCAGCACCAUGUCCAGGCGAUUCCUUUUGAAAACCUCAGCAUGCACUGUGGGGAGAGCAUUGACCUGGAUUUAGAAUCUAUUUACAAUAAGAUCGUGAGAAAGAAACGUGGUGGAUGGUGCCUGGAAAACAACUACCUUUUAUUUUGGGCUUUGCGAGGAAUGGGGUAUGAUGUCUCUAUUCUCGGAGGCAAUAGUUAUGAUCCAGCAGAGAAAGCAUACACCCCUGACAUAAAUCAUAUCCUCCUGAAGGUGGUGAUCAAUGGCAGUUCCUAUAUCGUAGACAGUGGUUUUGGUGGUACCUAUCAAACAUGGCAGCCAAUGAUGCUGAUUUCGGGGAAGGAUCAACCUCAGAUUCCUGGCAUCUUUCGCUUCACGGAAGACAAUGGUAUCUGGUACUUUGAGAAAAUAAAAAGGAAGCAUUACAUUCCAGAGCAAAGUGUCCCUUUGGCUGAUACUCCAGAAACAGGGGAAAUCAGAAAAAUAUAUUCAUUCACUCUUGAGCCACGACAUAUAAAUGACUUCCAGGAACUAAACGCAUACCUACAGACAUCUCCGGAUACCUUAUUUCAGAAAAAGUCAAUCUGCACUCUCCAGACCGCUCAAGGGGUUCGUGCCUUAGUUGGAUGGACCUUCACUGAGAUGAAGUACAACUACAUGGAGGACAUGGACCUGGUGGAGAUCACAACUCUUACAGAUGAAGAGAUUGAGAAAACACUGAAAGAUAAAUUCAAUAUAACCUUAGAGAACAAACUCCUACCAGUAAAUGUUCGUGGCUUACCACCUAAUUUAGUGGAUAUGAUCUAAUUCUAACACUGUACAAGAUGAGUCUUUAAAUACUCAAUAUAAAAAUUUCUAAAAUUAACAAUAAUAACAUGUUAGGCUGAUUCUAAAGUUGAGCUGUUCAGAUGAACACAAGGCUUGGUAAAUUUAAGUUUAUCAUUAAUUAUUUGCCUAUAUUCAUUUCAAAUUUUUUCUUAAACUUCUCCUUCUGUACAAACCGAGACACCUUUAAUUUGCUUGUAUGGAAAUUACCUUUUGUCUCCAUUAAAUUUUGUUCCGCCUCUCUGGCUUUCAUUUUAUUUCUAAUAUAUUUUUGUGGCAAAGGAGACCAAUAUGAUAAGGAAGGAGAAACUGUAUUACCGUUUUACCCAAAAGACCUCUAAUGUUUUUUGGUGUGAUUUCCCAUCUCCUCCUCAUCACAGUUUUAUGAAUUAUUCACUUUCUUUAACAGUCUGAAAUAGAGAAUUGAGAUGAUUUUGGCCUUCAAAGAAUACAUAAUAAAUGAGAGGUUAAGCCUUUCUUAAAACAAGCCACUCUGUAGGUGCUGAUUAGGUAAUGUUGCAAACAAGUUGAAAGACUUGAGUUCUAGUACCUUACCUCAAACUAGUGAGCUAGUUAUGCACAGGCACUUAUUAAAAAAAUGCUCUCUAAUUUUAAGCGUCCAAUUUUAUGUUUUUUUCUGUUUCUAAACAAAGCCAACAAGAGCUGAGGCUCUGCUUCUGCUAUUAUUCAACAUCUGAGAAAGAUAAACUACAAGACCAAAUAGCUGUCAACCGGAUUUACUUCCCUCUAGUGUGCAUGCUUAGUUUGAAGUGUUUGCUCUAAUAGGCUUAGUCUGGUCUUUGAUAGCAAGAGCCAGUCCUAAACCUGGGUUAACACAUCAUUCACUUUGGGAUGCAGACCCAAUGCCUUUUUGGCACCUAAUAUGUUCUGUUUUGCUGGAAUAUAGCCACAUGAGUCUAGGAAGAACUUGAGCGCAGAGUUGAAUCCCUCAUGGUAUCUCUCAGUACCAGGUUGCAUACAACUGAAUUUAGAGGUUGAAAUGUAGGAAAGCAAUUAAAAUGCCUAAAUGUAUACAAGUAGAGCCUUUUUAGAUGCCUUAGCAUGCCUGAUAUAACCACACAGAGCUGGCAUGUAUGACACAGGAUCAAUGGCAGACCUGUGAAGUGGCAUCUUGGGAUCAGGCAGAAUAGCCUUGAAUAUCUAAGAUGCCCCUAGACACCUAGAAUAUGAAGGAAACCUAGAUAAUUUUAGUGGACUAGACACAAUUUCUAGAUUGCUAACAUUAGAGCCCCCUUCAAUGUCAGGCUUCUAUUUUGAAUCUUGUGAUUGUGAAAAGUCUAGCAAUAACCAGAAUAUUCCAUAUACUGUCCCUUCAGCCUUGCAGGAAAGAGAUCUUUUGCACUGACUGCUCCAGAUCCCAAGGGCUCUUUUAUGUUAUACUAUAAGUUCAUGCAUUGUCUCACUUAUCAUCCCAUAUAACCUCAGGUACACUUCAACAUCACUGCUUUCCAGAUUUAUCUUUCUUUUGUGUGUCUGGUUUGAAUUAAUUUUCCAAGUUGACUGUCAUUUUGUUAUUCUCGGCCCAUAUUUUCUUUUUCUAGGCCCUUCUAUUAUUUAUCUGUCCUCAUUGCUGUUGGCAUAGCCUGCAAUUUAGCAUCAUCUGUGAAUUUCAUUAGCAUGCUUGUUUUACAAUAAUAUAUCGUUUAUGUGGAUUUUAAAGAAGACAACGCCUUAAACUGAGCCCUGUGGCACCCCAAUAGUUAGCUCAUUCAGCUCAAUAUGCUCCUGUUUAACACUAUCUAUUAUUUGUGGUCCAUCUGCCAAUUUUCAGUCCAAGCCAAUUUGAACUCAUUUGAAUAUCAACUCGUGUUGAUAGUAAGAUUUCAUCACACAUUGUAUUGAAUGGUAUACCAAAACCCGGAUGAUACUAUCUUUCCCUUCUUAAUUGCUUUUGCAAUUCUUCCACCAAAAAUAAUCAACGUUCGUACUGCAUCGCUUUCACUUCACAAAUUCAGACUGCUAAUAGGUCUAUAAUCUUCUUGUCUGUUUUAUGCCAAUUCAGGAUCAAGCCUUAUAUGUAACUAUAUAUAGCUUGGGAUCUGGCUGCAGGUAAAUAGUAAGAUCUCCCCGGAACUCAUUGAAAUGCUGAGACUGAAUACAUCGAUCUUCGUGGGGGAGCAGCGUUUUGUUACAAGAGCUCUCUCUAGGGGUCCCAGCUACUUCACACAUGGUGCAACUCAGAUGUUGCAAGCCAGAAAGGCUCACUGUGCUAGACGUUUAUUUUGUGCAUCUCUUGGAGGCUUAAACCUUUGUAGUUUCAGCAUCAAAUUACAGUAAAACAUACUGAGAGGGAAAAGUGGGAAAAAAAUGGCAGACUCCUGAAAAAAGGGUAAUGCAUGGUAAGGUUAUAGAGGAAGCCUUUCAAAACCAAUUAGCGUAGGAGCUUUACCACCUUCAGUGCUGGAACGGAGUGAAGCCAACGCAUACUAUUUGAAAAUGUUAUGUACUUGAAGACCAGAAACACACAUCCAAAUCAUUUCCCCCAUAUGAUAUAGAAAAAUUAUGUGAAGAAAGAAGAGUCACUCUGUGCAUCUGCACAAACAUAGCCUGCAAUGCCUAGGCAACACGUGGCACCCACAAAGAGAAGACCAACCUCCACUACAAAGUGCUGGUCUCCAAAUAACAUUAAUCAUAAAAAUUACUGAGCCAUUUGUGAAUAUCUGCUGAAAUUAUUUUACAGGGAAAACCAGUGCAAUCUAGUCUUAACCAGCAGAAGACCUACAUAAACAUUGCCUAAUAGAGAAGAAGCAAAGUUUAAUUUGCUCAUGGAUCAGUGAAGUCCAAAAAAUGUGCAUGCAGCUUGAGUGGACUCUGCCCUUUCUUGUAGUUUAAGAUGCAGGCGUGCAGGACAGGAAGACAGACUUAAAGAGGAAAACAGCCCUUGCAAUUUGUGUCUCCUCCUGGCUUUACUGACUGCUACCCCUGUAAUAAACAAUCCAGCAGCUGAAUACAGAAAUAAAUAAGGCUAUUUUAAGAGGUUACUGGACCAACAGCUCAUAGGCUGCCGAAGGAGACGGCUGCCGAAGAAGAGUCCCCAUAGUUCUCGUCUCCGCCGGGCUCAGCGGUCAGCACGCCGACAGUCCCGAGCCGGCCGCGCUGCCGGCUAGCAAUGGCCGGCUGACAGCGUGGCAAGGAAGGGAGGCUGCUGCGGUGGCAGCUGGCUGCCACGGCUGUGCGCAUGCAUGUGCUGGAACACGAGAACUGAGUGCAAAGUGGGAGGCAAUGCGGGGCACAAAGAAAGAGCUUACUGAGGUGAGAACUGAGUUUUUCCAUCAGUGGAACUAAGGACCUUUUUUUGUAUUUGUGUUAUUACUAUCUUCUAUUAAGGCCCCAUUAAAGAUUUUUACCCCUUUCUAAACGAUUGGUCAAAAUGAGGCGUUCCCCAAUACCCUGAGGAACGGUUAAGAGGUCAAAAACACUCAUGUGUCUACUUUAGCUGGCAGAAAUUCCAGAAAUUCCCAUCUGCGUUCCCUCAGGUCACCAAACCUCUCUGCUCUAUGCGUUGUUUUGUGGUGCGACUGCCUCUUGCCUUGAGGCCAGCCAUUAACAGACCAGUUAUUCUGCCUUCAUACUUCCCAGAUGUUUCUGCUGCUGCUUCCAGCUAAUCAUCACUCUUCCCUAUCUGCUGGGGCUGUGGUGUUGAGGACUUCUUGGGCAGAGGUCUAUGGACUCACACUGGCACUUCUAUCCACGAUUGCAAAGAUACCGGAUACCAGGAUACCACCUUCUGGUAUUCAGCUCUUACUGAAGAUCUAUAGGGUUGAAGAUGAUUCAAGCUUCAACUCUCCCUCUAACUCAAAUCUUUCCUAAGCACUCUCUGAAAGUGAUUUUUUUUUUCCUCUAGACGUGACAAAUAUAACCAGGUCCUCGCUGUGCAGCAUCAUAUCUGAGGAGGGAUUGUCAACACACACAGCUUAGGAACAGUUUCACAGUUUAGCUAAAGCCCCCAACAGCUGAUGAAAGCAAGAGUUGUUAAGGUAGGAAUGCCAAGCCCAAAAGGUCUCAAAGGUUUGAGAUGAGAAUGGUUUAAAAACAAACACACACACACAGGCAUCACACUGUGGUUGCAUUAGCAAGGCAUUACUGUAUAAAACAUGCUCUCCUAGACAAAGAGAAACAAGCACUUCCUUGAAGAAUCACCUCUCAGAGAAGCUUGCAUGCAGAUUCACAACUUAAACAACUGCAAGGUAGUGUUUUUGACAUCUUUCACCAGUAAUGUACUUGAAAGCUUUAUUAACAAUCUCUCUACAAGAAAAGUUUAAUGAGAUCCUAAACUAUUGUGCAGUUUUAGCUGCAGACUGCUGUUCAAAUGGAGUAGAAUAAACACUUUGAAACCCGACCAUGACUUUUAAAAUUCCAAAUGCAAUUUAAAAGCCUGGUAUUCUAAUUAGCAGAGAGAGGAGACAAUUUCCUUUUAAAUCUGAAUUCUGGAUUAAAUCGCAUUAGUUUUAAUAAGAAGUUGAUGCUCAGAUCCCAUUAACGGCUUUGCAUAAUCCCAGCCUAACUGCCCAUUACCCACACACACAGAGGCAAUGCCCAAUAGAAAAUGAGAGCCAUCAGUGACUAUUAAAUUGUAUAAUGAGUAUCUUACUAGGAAACAGCCACAGAUGACAGAAGAAACACGGUUCAAACUCCAUGGCACCACUGAACACCUCCCCCCUGCCGGCCGCCAAAGCAAAGCAAAAUUAUAAGCAUUAUAAUGCAUUACUAAAGGGAGGAUACAGGAUAGCUCGUUUCCGUUGGGCCCUGCUCCUGUGGUUUUUAAGAUCUAAAACUACAAAGGAUAGAAGCGUCAAGAAAAAUCAGCAAGAAAGAUGUUCAAUACUUGCACAUUCCCAACAUCAGCAGUUACAACAGCAAUAAACACUUUGAGCCUGUCAAAGGGAGGAACAAAAUUUCACAUGACAACAGACAUGCUUAACUGUAACACUGCGAACUGUCUGUGAGCACAGACUACAGCAUGCACCUUUCUUUGUUCAGUCUAACAGGUACAGUAGUGUAAUAGACACAAACACUUCUGGUGUCUGAUAUCUCUUUAAGCAAUAAAUUUUGGAGGUAGCUAUUUUCUUCAGCAAAAAUGCUUACUACUUAGUCCAAUUCACUUCUAUUCUCAAGGAAGUGAUACUUUUGAAUUAGAAACAUGGCUUAUGCAGCGUUUAAAAUUCUACAGCUUAGGAAGUUGUCCAUGAAAAUGGCAUUUGAGAUUACAUCAGAGCCAAGAAAGCUUGAGUUAAAGCUUACAUUAUAAAUAUUUCACUGCUACACUUACAUCUCUCUUGUAGCCUAGUCAGAAUUCAGAUUUUAUAUGGCAGAAUGUUUCUGCCUUGCUACCUUGAAUGUUUCUUCUAGGAAACCAGAGCCUGACUUGAAGUAAAUACAUACAUAUAUAUGAGUGUGUGUGUGUGUAUGUACAUGGUUGGAGAUACAGAUGGGUAUUUCGGAAGAUCCUGUCACAUACUUAAGUACCUGCUUGUAACUUCAGGCACUUAGAUACCUUAAAAAAAAAAAAAAA